AUGGCGCAAACAAGUUCUGGGUUACAACUCCAAAGAUCAGCUAUUUCAUUUAGACGUCAAGGCUCUUCAGGUGUUGUUUGGGAUGACCGUUUUGUGUCUAGUGAAAUUGCACGUACAAAAGAGAGGUCUCAACGUCGAUUUUACUCGGGAGAAUUGUCACGUCCAAACAAGGUAGAACAACAACAACAAAAACAACGUUCACGCGUAAAUGAUGAUAUAAAGGUUGAUAUGAAUAUCAACGUUAAUCUUAGGCCAAUAAAGACCGGUCGAUCAAACCAGCAGCCAGAAAUUGCUGAACCGUCCUCUCCCCGAUUCAGGGGUUGUGGGUGUUGCGGCGGACUCGGUAAAACUCCACGGUCUAUUCGAACUGUUCGACCUGUCAGAUCCCGACCUAGGUAGUUUUUGGUUUUUUAAUGAUCCGAAUAGAGUUGAGGAUAUGUUCUUUUCACGUCGAGUAAGGCGGCAAUAACGAUUGAUGAGGAUGAUUUUACAAGUGUCAACGAGUAUCAAUCUUUUAUGUUUUUCAUUUUUUGGAUUGUUUCAUAUUGAAGGAAAGAAAAAGGUAGUUUAUUAUUAUUGGUUUUUAUUUUAAUUACAUUUACCCUUAUUUUUUUUAUUUGGGGUUGCAUGGAUGUAAAUUUUUGACGUCCAUGAGUUGUGGAUAUGUCUUUAUGUUUUCUAGGAAGGUUGUUUACAAAGAGAAGUCAACAUUCUUUUUUUGUGUGUGGCUUUCUUUAUAAUACUAAUAAUAAGAGUAGUUUAUUUAAAUUGUGGAUAUUAGUAUAUAAGCAUUGUGAUUUUUUUUUUUUUUUUUACUUCUACAAGCAUUGUGAAUUUGUGAUUUCAGUGCUAGAACUAUUGUAUGUUUUACAUGAAAAUCAAUAUCCAGAGGAUAUGACCCAACUCAAUAUCAAAGAAUAUUUUCCACAAAAAAGGAAAAAUUAACGUCUGUAACUAAUUGUUUUAUCAUCGCAAGCUCAGAUAAAUUUUAAGUGAGACAUAUAUUCUUGAAAUGUAAGCAUCCAUAUAUGAACAACGACCCUUAUGCACGCAUGACCAAAAACUCAUAUCAGACUCUUUUAUUUGGUGUAUUUUAAGUUACGAAGGUUGUUGUGGAUAAAAUUUGAUCCCGAUCUUAGAUAAUGCUUCAGAAAAUCUUUAUCAAUUAAGUUAGGUUUCAUUCACAAAGU